UCAGGGAAUCAUAAACACAGCUGACUUGCGACAUUUGCUGUUUGUAUUGGCUCUCCUAGCGUUUCUCCAUCCACAGGCGCUCUCCUCCUCAUAGACGCUAGCCAAUAGUUUGCUGUUUUCACACAUUUUCCUGUCUUUUUUUUUGCUAAUCAACCAACAGUGACAACCGCCGCCCUUCUCCCUCCGUACCCGGCAGCGUUGGCGUGAAGUCAAAGAGCUAGCGGCUAGCCGGGAAAGCGUCACCCCAGCAGGAUGAGCGGUGAUGAGGUGAACCCCGCGGCGGAGGCUCAGCCUGUGGAGGAUGUGCAAGGAGACGGACGGUGGUUGUCACAGCACACAAGAUUUGUGCAGGAGUGCAAAGAUGCCGAACCCGAUGUGCUUUUUAUUGGAGAUUCUAUGGUGCAAUUAAUGCAGCAGCAUGAGGUCUGGAGGGAGGUGUUCUCUCCUCUUCAUGCUCUCAAUUUUGGGAUAGCUGGAGACACCACUUGUAAUGUUUUGUGGAGGCUGCAGAAUGGAGAACUGGAGAACAUACGACCCAAGGUGGUGGUCUUGUGGGUAGGAACCAACAACCACGAACACACGGCAGAACAAGUUGCAGGUGGAAUUCUCGCCAUCGCACAAAUGCUCACCACCCGCCUCCCCAAGGCAAAGAUAGUUGUAUUGUCUUUGUUGCCUCGAGGGGAGCGUCCCAAUCUGCUGAGGGAGAAAAACGCCACCGUCAACGGGCUGGUGCGCUCCUGGCUGCCGCGACUGCGCCAGGCUCUGUUCCUGGACGUGAGCAGGGAAUUUGUCCACUCGGAUGGAGCCAUCAGCCCACAAGACAUGUUUGACUACCUCCACCUGACAGCCGCAGGUUACCGCACUAUUUCCAAACCGCUCAGCGAUCUGCUGCUUCAGAUCCUGGAGGAGACGCCAGAAGAGAGGCGAGCGUCGCUGGUUUGAAGCCUGCAGCCAUGGGGCCGCGUUCACCCAGAACCAUGUUGUCCCUGCUGCUGGUGGGAAAACAUGCUCCUGGAAGAGGAUGAUAGCUUCACACUUAAGUCGGGAGAGCCACCCCACUACAGAUGUAGACACUACGCUUUCAGCUGUAAUCUCUGUUGCAUAAAAGGUUUCUCCAACACGAAGCCUCUCUUAAUGUAGUCACAAAUCGAUGACACCUUCUUAAACUGCAUCUAUCUCAUGAGGUUAAUGUCACCUUUUCGUCAUUUGUGCUGUUUAAAACCAGUCAUUCCUUUAGGCGGAGAGAGCCUAGCUUUCCCAAUAAAAACAUGAUGACUUCAGUUGGUAUAUUAGAUGUGAUGAGUUACCAAAAAACAUGGUGACACAGACUAUGAUCUUUUUAGAACCGUUUUAGAAUCUUAAUAACGAAAAGCAAGCUCAGAGUCACUGCAUGUUUGAAGCCAGCCGUGGUCUUGGGUGGAGCUCUUUGUUCUUUACCGUCAGCAUAUAUGAUGUUGUGUCACGUUACCCAAUACACAAUCAGUCUGAUAAUCUCCUAGUCCUCCACAAAGCUUCAUCUUCAUUUUGCCAGAGUACUUAUUUUCCUCCAGCUUGUUUACAUUUAAUCUGAUUCCAAAACCAUCUAGUGAGAUUUUUGUUUGUGGCUGGAAACAAAAACGAUGGUUGCUUUAAGUCCUGCUAGCUUUAAAAAAAAAAAAAAAAAACUUAAACAAAUCCAAAAAGUUGUCCGGCUUCUUUGAUAAUCUUAUAAUCCCUCUGAGUACAGUUGGAUGCAGGAUUUAUGACAGCCUCUCCCAGCAUCUAAUUCCUCAUCCGUGCAAACAUUCAUAGUCAGAUUCCACUGCUUUGAACUUCUACCUUAUUCUUCUCAUAGUGUCUGGUCUUCACAUGUCCCCAGUUCACUGUUUUUAUUUGCAGAUUGCACCCUGAAAUCCUCAGCGCUCUAAACAGUAUUGUUACAUUUUGAAGGAUAAAUCCCACGCCAAGCCAAUAUUUAAUAUGAAUGCGGUAAAUUCUUCAGUCAUCUCAGCUGGCAUGGAAGUGAAGUGGUUGGUUGGUGAAAUCGCACUGCAGUUGUCCAUGCCUCACUACUGCUGUUAAGUUAUCAGCAUUCCUGCCGUCUGCUUUACAUUUGAUGCAUUAAGUAUAAAUAGUAUUUGUGUGUGAGUGUGUGUGUGUGUGUGCCUUAAGUGUCCAUGAGGAGAGUGUGUGCAGAAUGUUAAUUUUGUAAGAUGUGUGUCUAGAGAUGCAUUUCUGUGUUCUCUGUGCUGCGGUCUUUGCACUGUCCUUGCUUCGUAAUGACGUUCAGGUAAAAACAAAACAAAAAACAAAUUCCAAUAAAAAGGAUGUAAACGUG